AUGGCAUUGGGCGCCCGCCAGUCCCAGGGCAGGUCCCGCGCUCGUAGUAGACCCCAGACGUCGGGUGGCAGGACGACCGACGUCAGAAACGGGCCCCAGACGUCGGGUGGCAGGACAACAGACGUCAGAAACGGGCCCCAGACGUCGGGUGGCAGGACGACCGACGUCAAAAACGGGCCCCAGCCGUCGGGCGGCAGGACGACAGACCUCAGAAACGGGACCCAGACGUCGGUUGGCAGGACGACCGACGUCAGAAACGGGCCACAGACGUCGGGUGGCAGGACGACCGACGUCAAAAACGGGCCACAGACGUCGGGUGGCAGGACGGCAGACUUCAGAAACGGGCCCCAGACGUCGGGUGGCAGGACGGCAGACUUCAGAAACGGGCCCCAGACGUCGAGUCAGUUGACAGAAGGGUCGUAG